AUGAUGCAUUUGGCUUGUCAAAAAAAUUUGGAAACACCAAAACUCAGUGGUAAUGGCAGAUUAGGAUCUUUUCUGCCAUUACCACUGAGUUUUGAUGUUGCCAAAUUUUUUUGACAAGCCAAAUGCAUCAUCGCAAAAGAACAAUUUUUUAUUGCAUUUGGCUUGCCCAAAAAAUUUGGAAACACCAAAACUCAGUGGUAA